CCUCCCUGGUUGCAGCAGCCACUCUCCUCUUGUCCAGCGUCCCUGCUGCCCCUGCAGGGUGCUCCACCAUAGGGAAGGAGAGAAGAUGGAGAGGAGGAGAGAGGAGGGGAGAGGAGAGGAUGGCCCAGUGCUGCCUUGUCGCUACCGUGACGAGGAGUGGGAGGGGGGAGGCGGGAUCUCCACCCCACUGCUGCUGCUGCUGCUGCUGCUGUACGCCAUCGUGGUGGUGAAGGAGGAGGUCGCCCCAGCAUCGAGGUGGUGACCACGCUACGCCGUCGUUGGAUGAGGGGGGAUCACCGUCUUCCUUUAGGUCUUGGUCCCCAAAUCUAGGUGGUGGUGUUCUGGAUCAUGAUUAAUGCCAUUUUGCCAUCGGUAAAGGCAAGUAAACGUAGCGGUGGUUGCUACGGUUUUAUCUUGUUAAUUUUUCUGCCUAAACAUUAAAUUUCAGUGCAAACACCAAACUUAUAUAACCUAUCUAAAUGAUGCUUCAUUCAUGUUGUGAUAUGAUUCUGGUUGAGGUAUGCCCAAAAUGUCAUAUGUUGAAGUUCUUGCUUUAUGUUGCUCAUGGGGAUUUAUGCCUUUAUGUUGUUCAUGUGAGUAGGAUGAUAGUGUGAUGCUUGUGUUUUUAGCGGGAAUGAGUUGUUCACAUGGUUAUACUUUGUAGAUAAUUUUGAAAUGCUCAAAUAAUUUAUGCAUUGUAAGUUAAUUGUGCUAGGGUCUGCCAAUGAUGUAUUUUUUUUUGAAAUCCUCAUUGAUUACAUAUAUGAGGAAUGUAGUGAAGAAGAAAGGAACCGAUGAUGGGAUUUAGUCCUUUGUAGCAAACCCAUCUUAUGUUUUCCGAUGGUUGGAAUCCUUGGGAAUAUGUAGAUGAAGAUAGAGCCGUCGUGCUAUGGCCUUUGUUGGGUUAGAGAAGUGAGAUUUGGUAAAUCAUGCUAAAUGGAAGGUAAAAAAUUUGACCUUUAGUUUCUCUCAUUUGUAGAUGUAGGUUAUACCCUUACCUUUGUAGCAUUUGGGUAGUUGUCUAAGAGCAACUCCAAAAGCCUUGCUAUCGUCCACACCAUCCGAGCGAGUUGCCAAAAUGAGCGAAAAACGAUCUCUAACAGCCUCACCAUUGUCCACGCCAUUUUUGCGAGUGCGCUAUCCUGUUCUUCCCGCACGCCAAGUCUGGCGUGUCUCUUCCCCACGCAUCCUCCAAUCGCCGCUCGCUUCCGUCACGAUCCGGCCUCCGUAGCUCCGCCCCGACGCCGGCUGCCUCCGCGGCUCCCCUCAGGCCUGCAUGCAAGGACAUAGUAGCGCCACUGCAACACCACCUUGAGCCCCAAAUCCCACACAACUGAGCUCGAUUUCGCCUAACCGAGCCUCAGAUCACGAAGAGGAAGGUCGCCCAGGGUUGUCUCCGUCGUUUCCCACGCGAAUCCUCCAUUUCCCAGCCGAAUCGAGCUUUCGUGUGUCAUCUUCCCCAACUCCGGCGGUUUCCACUCAGUCGCCUGGUCUCCAAGCAGAGCAGCAUCCUCUCACUCUUUCUCUCAGAAACCAAUCUGAUGCCAUCGUCGCCCAUCAUGUGCCGCCCCUCCGCGGCGUGGCACCCGCUGCUGCUCCACGUCCCCACGACGCUGGGGCUGGGUCUCGGGCUGCCGAGGAGGGGGGCCGUUAUUGCAUUGCGGGUGCACGUGUGGCGGAUCAAGGCAGAGCCGUGGGCGUCCGCGUUGGUUGGGGUGAGUAGGAAUAGGAGAGAGGAGGCGGUGAGGUGCGCGGCGGUGGGGGAGGUGGUGGGCAGUACUGGGGUGGGGAGGAGUGCUGGCAUGGAGGUGGCCCUGGUGGUGGUACUGCUCCUCUCCAAGGACCUCGCGGGUGGCGCGGCGAAUCAGGGGCUCGCGAGCAUGGCACAUCUAUCGGGCGGCGGCGCGGCGCGGCGCGGGCUCACGAGCAGACCGUGCGGCGACGCGGCGCGGGCGUGCGAACAGAGCUGCCGACGUGGCUGCUCAUCGGCACGUCACAGAACUUCCUCAGCUAUCGGUGGCUCUGGCUCAUGUUACCAGGUAGGCACUGGCGCUACCCCUCUGGAUGCUUGAAGUUGCAAACUAGAGAGAUGGAACUGCAUACUGUAUGAGGGUAAGGCUGCCUAGUUUCUGGUGUCAGUUCUUGCGCAAGCAAGCUUCAGUUUGCCUAAUUCAAUUGUGAAUGAGUGUUGUAGUAGUAUUGCAGAUUCAAUAUUGACAAGCUAAUUGUGAAUGACUUAUGAGCUAUAAAUUUAUGGAACUGCAACAUGAAAAAUCCAGGAUCUUUGCUGUCAAUUUAUGAGUUUUUCCAUUGCUUGAUGGCUCAAAUGAGCAGGGUUGGGUGAUUUCAAUGGUUGAGGAAUACAUCUAAAUUUCAAUGGUUUCUUUGUGCAUAGAUUUGGUUGAAAUGGAUUGAGUAUGUUUAGUUAAAGAAAUUUAAUAAAAUAUAGUAGAGUGUAAUAUGGAUGGUGGAAUAUGGAUAGUCUGUUAGAGUAGAAAAAGAUAUGAAGGGAGAAUCUUUUUGGAUAGUUCUCCAUAUGAAGAUAUGGAGGGUGUAAUUUGACUAGUCUGUUGGAGAUACUCUAAAGGAAGUUCCUAUCUUAGCUAUUUUAAUUGUCAUGAGAAGAUUUUGUAAUUUAAUGUUGUUAUCAUACACAUAAUGUGAUAGAUGAAAGAAGUGAAAUUAUGAGCUAAUAUAAGUGUAGUAUUUAACUUGUUGAUGGAUUGCAUAGGAACAUUUACCCAUGCAAGUAUCUCUUAGUCCAAUAGCAGUAUGUUAUAUAUGCUACCAUUCGAAAGAUCAUGACCUAUAUUACUUAUCUUUGAAGUUUUACUUAUAUGUUGAUAUCAGUGGCAUAUAUUUAUAUGCUGUCUUAUGUGAUAUGUCAUAUUUAUAUUAUGCAUCUUGAAAUGUGUGGUAUAUAUGAAUUUCAUAUGGCAUUUGAAGUGCAUAAUUUGUACUGUAUUGUAUUUACAUAUGUAUUGGAAGUUAUGUAUGCAGAUAUUUAAGUAAUCUUAUUAACUGCAGAAGAUAUGUUGUUAUGAGUGGUUUAUUCUUGUAAAACAAUCAUCUAUUUUAAUGUGGCUUGAUCUCUAUUCGUGAUGACUUGGAUUUUAAUAUUUCACUACUCUUAGAAGUUGAAGUUAAUCAUGCUGUUGAUAUCUUGUCAUACGAGAUACAUAGUUUAUUUAUCUAGCUUAUGUUACACUUAUCGUUAUGGAUAUGUGAUUAUUGAAUUUUUUUAGAAGUAACUAUUUAUCUUGCUUAAAAAAAGAAUAUGUUUAUUUAUGUUAAUAUCUUCUAUACCUAUUAAAGUAUGAAAUUGAUGCUUUAAAUACUAUGGUUUAAUUAGCUUGGUAAAAUCAGUUUACUUGUUGAGAUUUUGCAAUCUUACCAGCAUCUCACUUUAAAUCUU